AUGUGUUGGUUACUCGUCCCUACUAGCAAUAACCUGACAGAUGAGCCGCUCCUCUCUGUAGAAUCGCCAUUGGACGUGGAUCAGCUCGAGGGAAUGGAGGCCGGCAUGGUGAAAUCGAUACAGCUAGAGGCGAUUGAGACUGGAACACCCCGCCGGAUCGAUGCGUUUUCAGAUCCAGGCUCUCGUAAGGACUCAAGUGACAUGAACCGAGGACACGCAGAAUUGCAAGGUUUCCUGGCUAUAUUAAACGCCCCACAAACACGACUCUACGAGAUGUCAAAGAAGGAACUUCAGGAUUAUGCAUAUGAUCUAAUCCUAAAGUCCGACUGGCUACGUAGGAACCAAAUGGAGCCGCGAGACUGGAAUAAUCGCUCCAUCUUUCUCAUCUUUCUAAGUCCUAUUGACCGUGUGGGAAGGAGUUUGAUAGGCAGGAUAGAGCCAUCGCUCAUGUCCGAGGACACUUUGACCACCGGCCGUUUCCGUGUCGUGGGUCAUGCGGGGAUUCAGAUUGUAAAGAACGGAUUUUUUGCGCCUUCAUAUCUCAAGUCGCAUACUGGUCGUCCCAAGGUCGACUGCCCCAGCUGUGGCCGACCUGUUGUCAAGAAUAAUUUACGCAAGCACCAGGUAUACUGCCUCGGAGCGACUUGA